AUGUCUUUUUCAUCAAAAUUGUCCGAGGUUCUUCUUCCUAAAAAUGGAAACUUUAAAUUUGCACAUAUCCAAUCAAGGCCAAUCUAUGUCAAAUCGCCAAUACAUUUGAGAAAAUCAGUAGUCAAACCAGAUACAGUAAAGAUUCGACAUUUUUUCACUUUGAUUCUAGAUGAUUUGAUUCUUGUAGGAAUUGAAAUUUUUGUGUACAUACAAAUAUACGAGGACCAUGUUGUUCGGUUUAUCUUUGUUUCGAAAUGUGACACAACAGGAUUAGUUAAAUUGGAGUUUAGAGUUGGUACUGUUGUUGAAAUUUUUCUUCAAAGUGUUGUUGAAUUUGAUAUUUCUCGGUAUAUGAUCCGAUGUAAGAAAAAGGAAAAAUUUGAGAAGGGAUCGAUUGCGUCAACUGGGGCAGUCACCUUGAUUAGAAAACUACAGGAAAAGUUAGCUGACAAAAACUAUUAUAAGAAAUUACGGUACUAUAACAACAACAACCGAAAAUCAACUUUAGAAAACAAAAAAAAUCUUAGAUUGAUUCCAACUACUCAAAAUUUGAGACUUUGUUUGUUCACCAGGUCUGCACAAGAGUAUUUAUUUCCUGACUCGUUGAAAAAUAAAUACAAACAUUUGAUCAAUGGACAAGCAUUGCUCAAAUGGUGGAUACCCAUAAUUGAUCGAGUCACUAAAUCGUGGCCAAUACAAAGGCUAAUAAUUCCAGGUUCAGACAAACUAGCUACUAAACGAUUCAUUGCUGACUUGCCCAAUUGGACACAAGGACAUAUUUUCCUGGAAGGUUUGGCAGUGUAUAGUAUUCCUUUAUUCCCCGAUGACCCCAAGGGACGAUUUUUGGAACAUUUAAUAGUAGAAAAUCGGUACAAUCGUGUUAGGACUGCACAAUUUUAUCAAGAAUUGGGAUUCCGACAAGAGUUUCUUUCCAAUAAUUUAGUGCUGAUGAUUGGUUGCUCGGUUGAUAAUCAUGUGGUGGCAGCAUUGGACACAGAAAAAGCCCAAGAUCCAAGCGUUGUAACUGUUUCAAGAUACAAAAAGAUAAUUAGACUGUUGAAGGGAAUUAGAUUUAAUAUCAAAUCGGAAGUUGAAAACGCUUCUACUGUGAUUUUGCAAGAAUUCUUGUGUGAAAUUUAG